AUGUCCAAGCCAAGGUUGGACGGCAAGGUAGCGAUCGUGACGGGCGGCGCGAGCGGAAUCGGCGAGGCGGCGGCGCGGCUGUUCGCGUCGAGCGGCGCCACGGUGGUGAUCGCGGACGUGCAGGACGCUCUGGGCGAGGCGGUGGCGGCGUCGGUCGGGUCCGACCGGUGCACGUACGCGCGGUGCGACGUGACGGAGGAAGCGCAGGUGGAGGCGACGGUGGCGCGCGUGGUGGCGGCGCACGGGCGGCUGGACGUGAUGCUGAGCAACGCCGGGGUGCUGCUCCCGACGGGGUCGGUGAUGGACAUGGACCUGGCGCAGCUGGACCGCGUGAUGGCCGUCAACUUCCGCGGCGCGGCGGCGUGCGUGAAGCACGCGGCGCGCGCGAUGGUGGCGUCCGGUUCCGGCGGCGGCGCCAUCGUGUGCACGGCGAGCGUGGCGUCGCUGCAGGGCGGGUUCGGCCCGGCGUCGUACACGGCGUCCAAGCACGCCCUGCUGGGCCUGGUGCGCGCCGCGGCCGGGGAGCUGGGGCGACACGGCGUGCGCGUCAACUGCGUGUCCCCCGGCGGCGUCGCCACGCCCCUGAGCUGCGCGCUCAUGGGCGUGGGGCCCCGCGAGCUGGAGGCCAUGACGGUGCCGCACAACGUCCUGCAGGGGAAGGUGCUGCGGGCGGAAGACGUCGCGGAGGCCGCGCUGUUCCUGGCGUCCGACCAGGCCGCCUUCAUCAGCGGCCACAACCUCGUCGUCGACGGCGCCACCACCGCCGUCAACGCCGCCGUGCUGCACACCGUCGGGCUGUGA